GGGUGUGAGGGCCGGUCCCUGCAGGCACUGCCUGCGGGCGCUGGGUCCCGGUCUGCAUCCUGCUGGGGUAGCCGGGAAGGGGAGGCGUCGCGUUGGCGAGCGGGUUGGAAUUGCUGGGUCAAGCGUCGACCUCGGGGCCCAAAGCUGUUUGGGUCGGCUGGAAGAGAAACAAACGUCUGCUGUCUGCCCGCUAGGAUGCCUGUUGGCCUGGCUCUUUGGAGCGUUUUCUUGUCACAAGUCACUAUAACCUGCAGCUCUCCGCUCUGAUUUGAAAGACGCGAUAAGCUGUGCCGCAGUGCCUGCGCUCGCUGCAGCUGCUGGGCCGGAGCGUGAAGUAUGAUUUGAAACAGUCAACAUGGACUUUUCACGUCUACACACGUAUACUCCUCCCCAGUGUCUGCCAGAGAACACUGGCUAUACAUAUGCACUCAGUUCAAGUUAUUCUUCAGAUGCUUUGGACUUUGAGACAGAAAACCAAAUAGAUCCAGUAUUUGAUUCUCCAAGAAUGUCACGACGUAGUUUACGGUUAGCUUCUGCAACGCUUAAUGAAUUAGAUGAUGCACGAAACCGUAGCAUCCACGACAGCUCUUACUCUGCUGGAAAUAUGUCUUUCAGAGAGAAGACUUCCAAGGUGGUGAAGGAACGCAGAAGUGUGAAUAAACAGUCUGGCAACGAAAGAGUCACACCAAGGAAAAAUCUCCCCAGCUCUUCUGCAUUAAGCCAAAGCAGCUUCAAUAGCCAUGGCAGUGAUACAUUAAUGGUAUCUACUGUAUUGGAAGAAUCUUCAAUUCAAGAGCAGACAAAAGUUCAUCAUUUCUGGGGUCUUGAUGAUGAAGGCGACCCUAAAGGUAGUGGUACUACACUGCUUCAGGGACAUGGCGAUAUAGCAACAUCAGAAAUGCAGACCACAGUGAUUAAUGGCUAUACUUGCAAUGAGUGCAGCAUGCUUUCUGAACGGAAGGAAGUUCUUACAGCACACUCAGCUUCUCGUGUGCCAUCUUCAAGAAUUUACUCUAGGGAUAGGAGCCAGAAACAUAUAUCUAGAGGAACCUAUUUCUACAUGAGUAAGAUUCUCCGCUUGGUCAAACAUGUUACAGCAUCUUUUGCAUCACUGUUGGUGCAGCUAUUUCAAAUGGUUUUGCUGAAGCUGGGUUAUGAAUUCAGAGCUCACUCGGACUACUGUGGAAGCAUGAAUGUGAAGGGAUCUUACAGAGAAGACAGACAUCUUGGUGUAACUCAGGAAUCAAUAUGUGAUGACUGUAAGGGGAAGAAAAACCUUGAAACACACAUCACAGACCACAUGCAGUCCUCAUGGGCUAAAAGGGUAGCAAGGACCAUUUGGCACACCUUUUCUUAUGCAGGUUACCUUAUGCUUCAUGGGUUGCGGACGGUGGGAACAGCAGGAUGGCUUGUGUCUCAGAAGGUGUUGUCUCUACUUUGGCUGGCCAUUCUUUCUCCAGGGAUUGCAGCUUCUGGCAUAUUCAGGCUGCUUAGAACCGCAUGGUAUCAACUUGCUACCCUCAUGUCUUUGCUCAAGGUGUUUCUUCUUGGAAGAUGCUCUCCAAAGGCCUACAAGCUGUUCCUGCUCCUUAUCCCACUCUUGUUUCUCCUGGGUGUAUGGUUCUGGGGGUUUAAUGACUUCAUUUCAUUAUUACCUUCAUUGAACUGGACAAGACAUGAUAUGCUGCAGGGAAUACAUGAUCGUGUUCAUGAACGGCAGGAUGAUUCUAUUAGCUCUGUUCAACCUCCAAAGGAUACCAUAAGCGUCUUUGAUUCUGCUUACCUAAGUGAGCUGGAAAAGCAAAUGGCCUUUGUGUCUGACAAGUGCCAUCAGAAUGAUGAAGAAUACAGUAAAUUGAUGUUUCUGAUUCAUAAUCUUCAAGAUCAGGUUGCCCAGAUGAGCGACAAAAGUGAAACAUUGAAGUUAAUAAAAAAUGUGAUUGGUCAACAUCUUAAAGACAUGGAAGCAGAGAAAACGACUGACUUCCUGGCUUUACAUCAAGAACACGAGUUGCGCAUUCUGAAGCUGGAAGACCUUCUUGAAAAACUCUCAGCUGAAUCUAAGGGCAUCCAGAAGAACCUGGAGGUAGCCAAAGCAAGAGAGGAUGAUGCACAGAGUCAGAUUUUGGCCAGAGUUAAAGAGAUAGAACUAGAGUUGUCCCAGAUAAAAUCAGAAGUGUCAACUAUGGAAAGUGUGAAGAGGAGUUGUGGGAAAAUAGAUGCCAUUCACGAAAAAGUAGAUGCACAGGUUAAAGACUCUAUGAAGCUGAUGCUUUUUGGUGAUAGACAAGAAGACUUCCCUGAACCACUCCUCCAAUGGCUUACAUCCAAUUUUGUGAGUAAAAGUGAUCAUCAGACUGAGCUGCGGGAUCUGGAGUUGCGGAUCCUCAAGGAUAUUAAUCUCCAAAUGGCUGCUACAAAACAAAAACUAACACCUGAAGUCAUAACGAAUGCUGUGACCAACGCAGGGAUCUCUGGAAUCACAGAAGAGCAAGUACAGGUUAUUAUAAACAAUGCACUGAAACUCUACUCUCAAGACAGGACUGGCCUGGUGGAUUUUGCCUUGGAAUCUGGAGGUGGCAGCAUUCUGAGUACUCGCUGUUCUGAAACCUACGAUGCCAGAGCAGCAGUGGUUAGCCUGUUUGGAAUUCCUCUGUGGUAUGUCACCCAGUCUCCCAGAGCGGUGAUUCAGCCGGAUGUGUAUCCAGGAAACUGCUGGGCUUUCAAAGGAUCACAGGGGCAUCUUGUCAUCAGACUUUCAAUGAAGAUCUAUCCAACUGCCUUUACACUGGAACACAUACCAAAGACCCUUUCACCAACAGGAACUAUCACCAGUGCUCCUAGGAAAUUUUCAGUAUAUGGUCUAGAUGAUGAAUAUCAAGAAAGUGGCACACUUCUAGGAGCUUACGAGUAUGAUCAGGAAGGGGAACCACUGCAGAUGUUUCCAGUGAUGGAGAACGGUCAAAAUGCAUUCCAAAUAGUGGAGCUGAGAGUUCUUUCCAACUGGGGAAAUGAAGAGUAUACGUGCCUUUACAGAUUCCGAGUGCACGGGAAUGUUGCCCAGUGAUCUACACUACAGCUGGGGUUGGGGCUCUUGUAUGUUUUAUUCUCUAUUUUGUUUUUUUCACUUGAGCUAGAACCAGAACUCAUGGUUAAGUUACCAUUAAACCCAGGUGUUUUCAUGUUAUAGGUUAUAUAAGAUUUGAAUUCCCCUGUUUAAGUAGAGAUUAGGUAGGCGAUGUAGGAAUAUUUUGGAUAACACUAACUUAUUUUUAAAAAGAAAAAUAAGAUAGGAUUUUGUGCAAUGUAUUUUUGUAAAUGCUUUUCAACAUGUCCGUUGUUCUUUGCUGCUUCUAAACUGUGACAAGAUGCUAUCAAAAUGUUUAAAUAAAGAGUUUUAAUUUUUGCAA